AUGGACAAGAAGACGAUGAUGAUCAGGGGACUGAUCAGACCAUUGGUUGACAAGGAGAUCCAGGACGCGGUUUUGCCAGGCAACAAUUCGACAAAUUCGACUGAUCCCCCGACCACCAAGGCUACCGUCCCAGUAGUGGUGGAGGAAGAGCCGACACCUGAGGCUACGCCCUGGAUACUGUACGGUGGAGGGAACGACCGUGCCCGCGCCGACCUCGAGAAGGGCGGCUACAAACAGAAGCAGCAAGGAAAAGCCGGCGGCAAGCAAAAGCCAGCCCAAAAAUACGCCAGACGGCCCCCUGCUCUACCACCCGCUCAGGAGCCCGAUGAACGCGCCUACGCCCCGGUGAACAUCUCCGACGAUACGGCAUCAGCCCGGACCGGGCAGCUGGCCGACCCCGUUCAGCCGCCAGUCAUCCAGCCCGUCUACCCGCCGGUCGUACAACCCGUCGUACAGCCAGUCGUCGCGCCGUGCCCCGUCCCCUACUACGUGCCCCCGCCGAUCGUCGACCUGUGCUACAGCCCGUGCUACGACUACGGGUACGACUACGGGUACUCGGGCUGCUACGACUGCGGCUACGACUGCAACUGCUACGAAUACACCUACGACUAUGACGAAGUCGAGGGCUCCAAUUUUUCGCGGGUGGCACCGUUGUCUCCCUGUCAUUUUGCUACCGACAAUCUAUCUAUUGCCAUAUCAGAGAUGGCAACCACUCCCGGUAUCACGCCAUCUACAACGACGACGACUACAACGACAGUAACUGAUGAUCCUCUGAGUUCUACGACCACGACAUUUUCACCGACUCCAGCCACUGUGCCUACCGCCGCACCAGAUAUCCACCAAGGAACAGCCUGGGGUUGGAUCGUCUUCGGGGUGUUGCUCUUAAUCAUUGCUCUAGCGGCCGUGGCUGCUGUUUUGUGGCGCCGCUACUACAUGAAAAAUAACAAGAAAACUUAUACUCCUAAUGCUGGCGAAGACAAUGCUGCGUUUCGAAGGGAGAGCGCGACUCCAAAGGUCAACUACUCGGUCGCGGACGACGAGGUGAAGGCGUUUACGACCAGUGAAUUGCGAGUGGACAUGUUUCAGCCGCAAGACUCCUUCGAGAACGGCUACAAUGGGGCGUCGGACCACCAUAACCCUACCAACUCCUACGAAGCCACAUCACACCUU